GUAGGAUCUACAAAUUGUAUAUAAACAAACAGCCUUCCAGCCACUUCUCAUAAUCAGAGACAAACAUUAGUACUAGGACUAUUUAUUAUAUUUCUGCAAAGGUGAAGAGAAUCACAGAGAACAGAAUGGAAACAACUCCGUUCCAGUGCUCCUACCGCCAAUGUUAUGAACUCAUCGUCAACGUCGUGUGUGGAAGAAACAUCACACUUGGCGCCUGGCAUGACACCUUCGACACACCAGAUCCAUAUGUGAAGUUAUUUAUCCCUACUGCUCCGAAUGGACGGAAGAAAACACAGACGAUAUCCAGCUCUAAAAACCCUGUUUGGAACAAGGAAUUCAAGUUUCUCAUCGACAAAGAGUUGGAAAACGUUUUACAUAUUACACUGAUGGAAGAUGAUACAUUUAUUGAUGAUUUGGUCGGGGAAACAGAGACCUUUCCCUUGAGUGGUCUGGAAAUCGAUAGAAUUUUGCGCAAAACUUUCGUAUUUCGACAGACUUCAGAGGUGGACAUUACGCUCGAGCUUAAAAACUGUGCAGAGCCCCGUGACAUGCGAUACAGCUUGAAACUAUGUAAGGAUGAAAUCGAUUUUCGAGAGAACAGGAAGCCUUUCUUGUUUCAAGCGAUGAGGAAGCUUCUCGGACCAAGAGGACCAAAGAGUAUGGAUGAGAUACCAACUGUGGGUAUUGUUGGGUCCGGAGGUGGUUUUCGAGCCAUGGUUGGCCUUAGUGGUGUGUUUUGUGCGCUAGAAGAUAUGGGUGUGUUGGACUGUGCCAUGUAUGCCGCGGGAUUGUCAGGAUCAACUUGGUACCUCUCCACGUUGUAUUCUCAUCCUGAAUUUCCAAAUGUCCAUCCAAAGAAAGUGAUGGAACAGCUGAGGCAAAACGUGCAACACAACUGGAUCUGGAUGUUGACACCUUCGUGGUUGUACAAGCACAUCAAAAUCAUCCAUCAGAAAAAAAUACAAGGCCAGCCAAUCAGUUUUACCGAUUUCUUUGGCUACCUCGUGGGUGAAACCAUAUUGAGAGACCGCAAAAAUAUUCCGAAACUGAGCGAUCAACGUGGCGCAGUCAAACACGGGAACGUUCCCCUUCCGCUUUACACAUGUGUGCACGUGAAGAAUGAUGUUUCGGCUAAGGCAUACAAUGAAUGGAUGGAGUUUAGCCCUUAUGAAAUAGGAAUGGCUAAAUAUGGCACUUUUAUGAAAACGGAGGAUUUUGGAAGCAAGUUUUUCUGUGGGCACCUUCACACAAAGUAUCCUGAGCCUCCACUUGAAUAUCUGCAAGGCAUCUGGGGCAGUGCCUUCACCAUUUUACUGCAACGCAUGCUCGGUGAGGGUCAAGCACCGAGCGCAAUUAGAAAAUUUCGCCGCAGCUCCUCCAGUAUGAGAGAGGACUUACAUAAGAUUCUGUAUCCAGACAACGGACACGAUGACGAGGAAAGCGACAGUGAAGAUGAGGAACAUGGCGUUGAUGGUCUAAAAGAAGUACCAGUCUUUGAUGAAAAAGACAUGGAAGAACCAAAGGAAGAUCAUAACGAUCCUGGAUUGUUGGGCAGAAUAGCGCAGAGAUUUAUGAACAAGUUCCCUGUGCUACAAACUCGCUCCGGCCGCGCGGGAAGGGUGCAUAAUUACUUGCGUGGUCUAGGGCUUGCGUUCGCUCCAGUCCCCUUCGAAUCUGAAGACGUCACUGAUACCGCUGACCAUCCUACCCUGAAGGCUAAGCGCAUAUACCUGGCUGACAGUGGGCUCGUGUUCAAUUCUCCGUAUCCAUUGGUUAUAAGACCCCAGCGGGGAUGCGACGUACUCCUGUCAUUUGACUUCAGUGCAAGGGACAAAGAGAUAGAGAUGCCCUUUGAGGAACUUUUGCUGGCAGAAGAAUGGGCACGAAAGAACAAAUUGAAAUUCCCUCCCAUUAAUGCCGAGGAACAAUACCAGAAACAUGGUCUGAAGGAGUUCUAUGUGUUCUCAGAUCCUGAAGACCCAGAAUGCCCCGUAGUCAUACACUUUGUGUUGAUGAACGGCUCUUUCAAAGACCAUAGCCGUCCAGGUGUACCUCGCAAAACCUCUUCAGAAAAGGAAUUCGGAGCAUUCGCAAUUUUUGAAGACCCUGAUAAUCAUUACAGCACAUUCAACUUCCAUUACCCUCACAAAGCAUUUGAUCGCUUGACUCAGCUGAUGGAAUUCAACACACUAUUGGCGAAAGAAACCAUCAAAGAUGUUAUAGCUGAUGGCGUCAGAAGAAAACGUCAGCUGAAAGCGAUGAGGAGUUCGAGAUAAAACAAGUAACUUGCUCAACCAAAGAAACCAAAAUAUUCAGAGGAGGUUCGAUUGAACUUCGGCCGAAAACAGAUAUUUCAUACACCUCAAAAAUAAAAAACACCAAUUUGGACACAUCAGAGCAUAAAUAUUUGCUAAGUUGGUAUUCUCUGGCAUUCUCAAGGUGUUAUACAUCAUAUCUCAGUCCCCACUCAUGACUACGCCUUUUUUUAAACGUGUGCAGUUGCGGAACGCUAAUAAUUGAUAAUACAUCGCGCAGCGUAUGCACCAAGAUUUUUCGAGUUUUCCCCAUAUAACACAUAUUUUUAAGUGAUAAAUAAUUAUUACUUUGGUUUUCUGUAAUUGACCAAACUAUAGCAAGACAGUAGAUGGUUCUAUUGCAUGAUGAAAGAGGGCGAGGAUUUUGAAUUUAAACAACAUUUAAAGCUAUUCAACCAAACUAUAUCCGGUCAAUUCAUAAAAUGUAUUACGGCCGGUAUUUACAAAAGCAUUGAGAUAAUUAUUACCAAACUAAUUGUGCAGUUGUGAGAUAUGAUAAUAAAGAUACUUUUAAAAAG